AUGACUCUACAGACUGAGAAUAGCUUCUUGCAUGAGAUUGAGCAAAAGACUCUCCAGGAUCCUUCAAACGCGGAAGUAAUCAAUGCUACGGCCUUUGAGCUUCAAGAUCAAGGUUUCCUUGCCAUACUCUCGCGACUUGCCGUUCGUCUUUGCAAAAGAAACAUCAACCUGAUUAAAGGCCGGGUCUUCGUUCAAACUAACCCUUCAGCUGCUUACAGCUACCAAGAGACCUUGGAUCAUGCUCGCCUGUACGCAUCUGAGUUUGAGAAGGCCGGGAUCCCAAAGACCAGAUACUGUAUCAAGAUCAUGGCUACAGGUCCUGGACUGAAGGCUGCCAAGAUCCUUCAGGAUGAGGGCAUUUCAACCUUGGGCACAGGCGUGUUCAGCGUGGUCCAGGCUGUGGCUUUUAGCCAAGCGGGUUGUUUGUAUAUUAGCCCGUAUUACAAUGAGAUACAAACUCACAUGGAUCCAUCUCUGUGGCCUGAUGUCCAAGACCCAGCGCUAGAGCACCCGUUCUCGCAUCGCAUCGCACAGAUGGUUCAAACAUACAAGACCUUGUUUGCUGCCACAGGCAAAGAACAGCCAUUAAUCAAGAAUGCCGGUUUUCGCUCCUACAAAGAGGUUCUCGCCUCGGCCGAACUCGGCUGUCAUUCUGCAACCAUUUCCCAGGAUCUAUUGGGGGAGCUCAAGGCUUUGGCACCUGGGGAAAUUCCACUGCCAGUAACUCCCAGGGUGGCCGCUAUGAAAAGCCCUUAUUCUGAUGAUGUAACUAUCUCUUCGCCCAGGCUAAGUGAGCUCCUUACUCGGGAUCUGCAUGAAGAGAAAGAAUGUUCGAUGAAGGGUCUGACAUUGGAUUUAUUGGCAGAUGGAGGAAAGGAAUUAGAGCAAGCUCUGGUCAAAGACUCGGAAGCCGCUCGUAUGGUUAAGGAGGCUUUGGAAAUGUUUAUCUACUGCGAGGAGGAGACCAAGAAGCUGAUCAAAGGUACAGCGGUAGUUGCAAGCCUAUAG